AACCGGCCGGUUUAAGCGUAUACUAGCCGUCUGGAAUCUGCUUCCCCCAGCUCCCCUUCCCAUUGACACUGGGUCGAAAUCAAGCAGGGGAAGGAAGAAGGAGCUCAGGACAGAAGCAAAGCGAAUUUCCCCAAGAAAGGAAGUUCGCGUGACAGAGCCGACUAGCCCCAGAGAGACAUCUUGAUAGAUCUACACAGACCAGAAUCCCCAAAAUCAGAUUUUGAUUAUCUUUCAUGUGACCCCAGAUUCUUUAGGGUUUCGAUCACUGCUGCUCCCCCGUCAUCGCAAUCCUAUCUUUAUUGUUUUCUUGAUUUGGUGGAGCUCCCGCCUUGCUUUUCCCCAUGGAUUCUUCGGGUUCUUCCCACCUCGACAUCUUCGAUACCUACAGCCGAUUCUGUGCCAUCAGGUAUGGGAAUGCUUCUGUUUCUAUGGGAAGCGUUCAUGGACAGGACGAUGACUCGCAAGGGGCUAAGUUCUGUCGGCAAGCUUUGGCUGAGCUCUUGAAAGAUAUUCAUUCAAGACCGGUGAUGCGGAACUCAAUUUUUGAUGAACUACUUAAGCUCAUGUCACGGCUUAACUUAACGGUGGACUUUUCUGAAUUCUCACGUUUCUAUGAUUUUGUGUUCUUCAUUUGCCGUGAAAAUGGCCAAAAGAAUAUAACUGUCAACAAAGCUGUUGCUGCCUGGAAACUCGUUUUGGCUGGGAGAUUUCGGCUUCUCAACCAAUGGUGUGAUUUUGUCGAGAGGAAUCAGCGGUACAACAUCUCAGAGGACACUUGGCAGCAAGUUCUAGCAUUUAGCCGCUGUGUGCGUGAAACUCUUGAAGGCUACGAUCCUGAAGGUGCAUGGCCUGUUUUGAUAGAUGAUUUUGUAGAGCAUAUGUACAGGAUCUUGGGGUCGAGACGCAAUUCUAACUUAUAUUGUACAUGUGACGAUUCAGAAUCCCAUGAAGAUUCUCUUCCUGGAUUGAAGAGCUUACCUGGUCUAAAGAGGAGGCUAACUGAUGCGCUCAAAAUAGAGGACGAUGAACCCCCAAAUGCUUGCAAUCUCGGCUCAUUGGGCUCAGAUCCCUUCCUAAAUUCGAAGAGGCAACGUCUCAGGGCCCAUGGGUUUCCUUUGAACCCUGACGAGAGCAUUUAUGAUGAUUGCAUGGAAAGUGUUAGGCACAGUAACAGUCCAAUCAGUUCAUCAAAGUCUCCAUGUUCGGUUGAGCGCCGUCUCUCGCAGGGAUUUGCAGAGAGGAGAGGAGAGCUUUUUGGCUGUGCCAGUUAUUUGAUACAUCAGAAAUGCUUCGAGCUGGGGCAAUUUGAUAUAAAACUUACCCCCAAUCAAGUUGUUGAUUUUUUGCUUUACAGUAUGCCUUGUGGUGUGGUGGGUGGAAGGAAUCUCAAUAAACGAGUCUUUAAGUUAAGCCUAUAAUGAAAUCAAAUAUAAUUGGCGGAGUGUUUCUCCUUUUGCCUACCUUCA